AUGAUCGAAGGGGAUCAUGAUGUUCAUACAGUCACGACCGAUGACAAAGUUAUCUCUGAUGCGGGAUACAGAGAUGAUGAGAAAUCUACCGAGGGUCCUUCUCACCAAGUGAAAACGGUAGACGACUCAAAAUUAGGCAACCUUGACCAUGUAAAUAAGUCAGAACCAUCUGGCAGUUUGAAAGCAGUUGGAGCUUCCAAGACUAAGUCAGAGAAGAAAUCCAAGAAACUGAAGAAACGUACGAAGGAGGUUGAGCAUACUGCUCGUAUGAUCAGAUCUAUGACAGCCAAACUUACAACCCAAGAAUUGGCCAAUCAGUCAAUGCCGAAAGAACAGAUUGAGGUUACAGAACCAUCGCAAGAUGGGGUUACUCCCAUUAAUGAAAUUAGGCAAGCACACGAUAUUGAAGAAUUUGAUGAAGGUAAUGAAAAUAUCAAGUCAGCAGUGGAAGACGUUGAUAAAAAUCAUACAGAAGGAGAUGCAAGACACUAUUACGAAGUGAUUCCUGAUACUACAAGGAUUAAGGAGAGUAUCUCUGAAGUAAUUGAUAAAAGCAAUGCAAUCGAAAAGAAUAACACUGAUGAUAAAAUUGUGAAGCCGAAAAAGUUAGUGGAUAGUGAGUCAAUGUACAAGCAUGCUAUUGCAAAAGCUGUUGCCGAAACCAAAACAGAAGAAAGUUGA